AGUUUCACCUGCUUUGGUGUGACUCAGUGUGACAACAGGUGCAGUGAUUAGGCAACGACCAAACAACCCCUCCAAAACAGCAAAGACUGUGCAGAUGGUCGAUGCAGACUGUUGCUCUCUCCCUCCUGACUGAUUUUUCUCUGGUUUUGCUGCAGCUGGUUUAGGUUGCACAGGUAGUCCACCUUCUCCAGAAUGACACAUCCAAACCUGCCAUUGCAAGGUUUGCUGUGUCUCCCAGCGCAGUUUCCAGAGUGUGGAGGCGAUACCAGGAAAUGGGCCUGCUACUGCAAAGAGAGCUUGACAGGGAAGGAGAGGGCGUGUAAACCCAGCAGCAGGACCGGUAUUUGUUUGUGUGAAGAAGAGCGCUGCCAGAGUUCCAGAAAAUGACCUCAAACAGGUUACUCAGGCAUGUUUCUGAAAGAGACUCCAUGAGGGUGUCAUAUAGGAGAUGAUUGUUAAAGUCUUAAGCUCUGAGUUCAGAUCAGCAACUGGUAAUCCAGCACCAUGCCCUCGGGGAAGAAAGUCAAGCUCAUCCUGUAUGAGGUGCUGCAGUUUGCAGCACUGAUUGUACCCAUCUUUGUAAUCAUGGAGAGAUUUGCCAGCCUCAUAUACAACAUGAAAGGACGGGAUCAGACAGCAUACUGGCUCGUUGUGGCAGCUUCUAUCGCCUAUGUGACCUCUGUGACCUUGCUGGUGUGGGCUCCUGUCAGAUAUAUGACUAUUAAGCAGCGGGGAUUCAUCAGAGAGGUCAAGCAGUGGAGACCAACAGCAUUGGCAUAUCUCAUCCUGUGCACAUUACCGUGCUUUGCUAUCCUAAUAGCCAGCUCCAAGGUGCAGGUGGACAGAGGACAGAGACUGGACAGUUUCUCUGAGUUGCCAGUUUCCCUGGUGCUUUUCUUCCUCAUCUGGGUGGAUAUCAUUGAGAGGAUCCAACCCUGCAAACUCAUGGGAAAAUCAGACAGCUUAGACUCAGACUUUGACAUAUCAGGCCCCGUCCUCACCCACAUGGAACCAGUGACCACCGUAUCAAGCCAGAUGAAUCCUGAAGAAGGCCAGAACGGUGUGACCCAAGGCCAACCAGAGGCCAAAAAUGGCAGUGCCUCUAGCAGAUUCCACGAUGUUGCCAACUCACUACCAAGAACACGAUUCACCAGCACUGCCUACUUGUACUCCUCAACCUCACGCCCUCUGUCGUACUCGGGUCGCCCGAGCAUCCUGUGGAAAAGGGACGGAAGGUCAGAAAUAUUUGUGGAUAGUUUCCUUUUCUGGUUUGACACUGUGGAGAUGGUGAGAGUGGCAGGACUGCCCUCAGUGUUCUACUCAGGCUGGGUGUUCCCAGUCUACAUCCUCGCCUUCCUGUCUACUCUUCGUAUGAUCAUCACGCCUCACAACCCCUUGUUGUCUUCUGCUGGAUUUGCUCUGCAGGACUUCCCUUUCUUUGUUUUUCGGGUUGCUCUGAUUGCUGUGUUCGGCUUUGUAACACCUGUCUUAUACCCACUGAAAAAUGUCCUGGUAAGCCUAGCUUUUAUCUAUUUCACAUUUCUGACCAGGCUGAAGAUUUUUAGACAUCGCAGCCUGUUUUGAGGAGGAGUGGCACAUUCUGUUGUUGAUGAAAAAGCCAUUUGGACUGUGAGUAUUUCGACAGUUGGUGUUCAUGUGUGGAGAGCAGCACCAAAUCAACAAGAUGCUGGUGCUGAUGAUGGCGAGCAGCAUGUUUGAAUUUUACUGGCUUCUAAUGCAUUAAAAGGACAUUCAAACCAAAGUGCAAAAAUCAUUCCGAAUUUUGUUGAAAAAACAGGGGUACAGAUGGAAGUAUAAAGUAAGCCAACUCUUAUCUUGAUUAAAAUAUAUUUAUUGAUGCAAAUGUUUAUCUGCUUAGUUUUGUAUUUUAACUCUAAAUUUGUUUACAUUUCUUUUGAAUAAAACCUUGAAAAACAA